CGUCAAAUCUCAGUGUGUCUCCUCCACCUCAACUUCAAUCAUUGGUCUUACAGACAGUGAUCUUGUUCCUCAGCUUGAAAAACUCUGUCAUGGCUUCAAGGACAUGUGGAGGUCAAUGCGUCAGUACCACGAAGUUCAAAACCACAUUUUGCAACAAGUUGACCUCGUAAACAGAUUUGGAAAUGGUGACUAUACUUCUGAACUGCAUAGGCAGGCAACCCGUGAACUGGAGUCUGCUGUCUCUGCCUGGCACUCUAGUUUCUGCUGCUUGAUAAUGUUUCAAAGGGACUUUAUUCGUUCCCUCCAUGGCUGGUUCAAGCUCACCCUUGUCCCUGUAAGCACCAACAAUGUUGAUGACAGCAAGGAACCCUCCACUGUACUUGGCUUUUGUGACGAGUGGGAGUGGAAGCUUGCUCUUGACCGAGUUCCUGGUACAGUUGCUUCUGAAGCGAUCAAGAGCUUUAUCAAUGUUGUCCAUGAGAUAUCCGUUCAGCAAACCAGGGAGCUCAUGAAGAUUAAAAAGCGAACUGAAACUGUAUCAAAGGAGCUUGAGAAGAAGGCUUCAUCCCUUCGGAGCAUAGAAAGGAAAUUAUACAACUCAUACCCUGUGGGAAGUACCAGCGUUCCUGAAACUGGGUCUGAUAAUGGACAGGUUUUAGAUGCUCAGGAUCCUCUUGCAGAUAAGAAAUCAGAGCUUGCAGCCUGCCAAAAGCGGAUGGAAGACGAAAUUCUGAAGCUUUCCAAGGCAGUUGAAGACAAGGCAGUUGAGGUAACAAGAGUAGUGGCACUGAAAAAUCUGCAAGCAGGCUUAUCAAGGGUUUUCCAAGAAUUACUCAGUUUCUCUGUCUCAUUCACUGAGGCACUUGACCGAGUUUCCCCACUGUUCCCAGUCUAACAAUAAAAAGAAGAUGAAGGAAAAUGAAUUGGCCAAUAUAAUUAAGGAUUAAGA